AUGACCGGCAUUCCCCCAGCGAAUCUUGCCCUUGACGGCGGCGACCCUCGAAAGUCGUCUUUGCAGGCGGAGAAUGUGACAGCUGAUGAUGUCGUAGGACGGAUUGAACAUUCCAAAGACCGAGUAGUCAGCUUCGAGGAGUACAUGUACUAUGCCGCGAUCACGCGUGCUGAGGAAGAAGAGGCCAAUGCUCGGUUCAUAGCCGCUCGUGGCCCGCGGACAAUCAAGAACAUAAUUAAAGGGCGCUUCGUCAAAGGCCCGAUAGAGCAGGCCGUGUCUACGCCUCAGACAGCAGAAUCCCUCUCUGCUGGGGGAACUGAAGAGAAGGGCCAUCAUGACGGUACCCUCCAAACCACGGAGAAAACUAGCACCAACAACUACGGAGCUACGGAAGCCCAGCGGCACACUGCUGAUCGGGCGUUGAGAACUGCUAGCUGGGGUACAAUCUUUUACCUCAUCACAACCGAUAUCUUGGGUCCGACAGGUGCUCCCUGGGCAUUUGCACAAUUAGGCUACGGCCCAGGCGUCGCGCUGUAUACCGUCUUCGGUGCCAUGUCAUACUACUCGGGAUGGAUCCUCUGGAAGGUCUUCUGCGGGCUAGAUUCGAACCAGUUUCCCAUCAGGGGAUACGGCGACUUCUUCUUCCGUAUAUUCGGCUCUGGCGCCCGCCACUUCGUUAAUGUCGCACAGGCCCUUCAGCUGCUGCUCACCGUGUCGGUUCUCAUUCUGAGCAACGGACAAAGCAUCUCGCAGAUCAGCCGCGGCUCGUCCGGAGACAGCAUGGGAAUCUGCUUCGUAGCAUGCAUGCUCAUCUUUAUGGCUGCCGGUUUUAUUCUGGGGCAGAUCAGAACUCUCCAACGGCUUGGUUGGCUUGCUAACGCCUCAGUUUGGAUGACAGUUGCCCUUAUAUUAAUGUGUAUGGUUUCUGUGAAAUAUGGCCCGAAUUAUGCGGCGGUAGAGACAAGCUUCGGCUUGGCUCCGGGUAUGCCCAUUCAGACGUUCGCCGGAACACCCCCGCCAGGACUAGCGACGGGCGGCGAGGGAUUUAUCGGUUCUCUGAACGGAUUAAACGUAGCCGUGUAUGCAUACGGAGGGGCGUUGCUCUUUGCGGCUCUCCUGGCUGAGAUGAGGCACCCAAUGGAUUUCUGGAAAAGCUUGCUCGUCGCCGAGAUAUUCAUCUAUUCGAUGUACAUCUUCUUCGGCAUCUUCGUGUAUUCGUAUCAAGGCCAAUAUACGUACAACCCGUCGGUCCAAGGCAUUGCCGUCUACGGAAUUCAGACAGCCGGAAACCUUUUGAGCUUAAUCAGCAACCUCAUCGCCGCAGUACUAUACAGCAACAUUGGCCUCAAGGUCGUGUAUAUUGAGGUAUUUCACGAGCUCCUAAAGUUUCCAGACUUGACGACCAAGAUGGGCAAAAUCUGGUGGGCUGCGCUCAUUCCGGUAUACUGGGCAAUCGCGUUCAUCAUAGCUGCGAGCGUACCGCAAUUCUCGUAUAUCGUCGGUUUGGUGGGCGCGCUCUUCAUUCUAUCUUUCACUUACACAUUUCCAGCCUGGCUUGCGGUUGGUUAUUGGAUUAGAAAGGAGGCGAUAGUCGAGGCUGAAGAAAGAUUCGACCCGGCGACCAAUACGUAUAGCUAUGUGGACCACGGCUGGAAACGAUGGAGACGUGGUUUUAUGAAGAAACCAUUCUUCAACUCAUUCAACAUUUUUUAUUUUCUUGGCGCCUUGGUGACGUGCGCUCUUGGCUGCUAUAGCAGCAUCGAAAGCCUGCGCCAGGCGUUCGAGAGCAACAUUGCCACAAGCCUUUCAUGUACCCCUCCUCUUUGA